AUGACGCUCCACGGGCGGAACCUCGCGCACCACAGGCGGAGUGUCGCGCGCCACGCGGUGAUCUCCGCGAUCAAUUUUCGGGCCAUCGCGUUCGCGCAGGAAGAUGAGUGCGCCGUGCUCUUCGCGAAGCUCGUGUCCUGGGCCUUCGUGAUCGGCGACGCUCGCGCGGACCCCGCUGUUUUCGCGCUCUCCUUCCUCGACGCCGGUGCGCGGUGCCACGCGAAGCCGAUGGGCGAUUUUAAGAUCGAGAUGGAUAUCGACGCCAAGCUCCAGUUCAAGGAGCUCGCCGAUGCCCUCUCUGCUCGCACCGACGCCGUGCUCUCGGCCGUCUGCAAAAGGUGCGACCCUAUGCUCACCGACAAGGACACCCUCAUCCAGAAAGUGGGGGGCCACAUGUGA